GAUUUUUACAAGCAACCAAUAACAUCAAAAUAUUACAAACAAAAAAAAUGAAAAAUUUAAACAAAUAUUUAGAAAAAGAAAAUUAAAUAAAAUAUUUAAUUAGGCAGAAAAUGUUUUAAAUAAAUUUAAAAAUAAAGAAAAUAUGUCAUAAAUAACAUUACAAAUUAAAACAACAAAAAAGUGCCUUGUUUUGUGAACAAAUUAAAGUGUUUUAUUAACAAAUUGUUAAAAAGAAUUAUAAAAAAAAAAAUUAAUAAGUAAAGGAAUGAUAAAAAAAGAAAUAAUAAAAUAUUUAACUGUAAAGCCAGUGAAGUUCAAGGAAUGUGGUUUUUUUUCUAGUUGGCUACGAAAUUUCAUUGCACAAGACGGUGUAAAAAUCAAUAAUCAGACACACAAUAAUUUGACAAAACAAACAAAAAGCAAGAAAUAAUAAUAACAAAAAAAAAAAAAAAAAUAUACAUAUAUUUCAUUUGAUGGCCAGGAGUCCCUCACAAUAGAAGAAAUAGGAGGAGGAGCAGCAGAAGGUGCUUGGUAUUGGGCAACAACAUCACAUGUCUAUACUAGGAAACAUGUUCUGCUUAUACAUCAUGAUGAACAUGAACUCUCGUAAACAAUAGAGUGUAAUAUACUAUAAUCGGUUAAAUUGCGGGUUUUUUAUUGUUGUUGUUGCUGUUGCUACUAGCUGUUAUGUGACGUUGGCUGCAGCCUGUAAUUUAAUUGUGUGUAAAUGUUUUAGAUUGCCAGCGCCGCAGCUAAUCUUGUGGCAGCAUUAGCAUUGUUAUAAUAUGACCAGUCAAGUGUUAUUAUGUGUGUUUUCAAAUAUGUACUUAGUGUAAUAUAAAAAUAUUAUGGCUAGAAUAUAAAAUAUAAAAGAAUGCAAAAAAACCUUAAAGAAAAGGAAAUAAAAGUUCAAUAGUUUCAUUGAACUUACACUUACAAUGUAAAUGUCUUUGCCAACAACAACAGUAAUCUCUAAAGGCAGCAUCUAAGUAAAAAAACAACAACAAUUAAACCUUCUUUUAAAGUAAGAAAGGCCUACAGACAUUGAUUUUUAUAUAUUACUGUUUAAAUGUGUUUAAUAUUAUUAAAGCGAUAAACACACUUACAAACCUUCAUAAACAGCUACACAAAUGUUAAAAUGUUUAAUUCUACGCCUUCACAACCAGCCACACCACCACCGGUGGGUGAAACAUCACGCAUUAAAAGCUUUAUGGGUCGUACCCCCGCCAUUGGUAUAUUGAAAUCGAAAUUCUUAACUGUUUUGGGAAAUAGUAAUGAAUUAUUAAAUGGCAUUUCAUCAAAGUUCACCCUUAAUAUCAGUUCAAGUGAUUCGGACUAUUGUGAUGAUGAUGAGGAAGAAAUACCUAAAUUUGAUGAAUCCAUUGAUUAUACGAAAAUAGACUAUGAGGCUCGUAGGGUUAAGGCAAGACGAGCUCAUGAAGAAAUCAUAUCUGGUCGCUAUAGACAACCGAAUUUAGCACCAAGACCUCGCCUGGAUGCCUUGCGCAAUAAGAAACGUGACAAAUCCCGUUCAUCUUCUUCAUCAUCCUCCUCCUCAUCAUCGUCUACCUCAACCUCCUCGAGAUCGUUUCAAAACAAUCUACAGGAUAGAUCUCAUGUUAGUAGCACUACACGUUCCGAUUCCAUAGAAUCCCGACAUUCGGGUGGUUAUGAAAGGGCAAGAGCCAUACCCGGUGCUCGACGCAGUGAACUGGAUAUGCAAAGAGACCUAAUGAGAAUGCGUGAAAGUUCAACAGCUAGUGUCACACAUCCAGUGGUGCCGGCUGGUAGUACAGCGCCUCAUAUUGAGGUACAACCUCCCUCUUAUGAACGUGAACUUAGUAAAUCAUCUGUAGUUAAUGCCGCUGCGGCAACCUCAAAUCAUUCCAUAAGAGUUCCUCCUGUUAGACGUAAAAAUUCCAAUAGCAGUACUUUAACUAGUUUGCGUGAUGAUCUAGAGUGCCAGGUUAGUCCCAGUGUAGAGUCGACCGACUGGCGUAAUUUUAUACGUUCAGAAUCGCAAAAUUCGGUGCCUUCAUGGGCCUCUUCCAUAAGUCUAGAUUGUCGUGCCGGUGAAGAGCCCAUUAAAGAAUUUAUGAAACGUUUUACCGAAACCUUAUUCUCCAAUGCAAAUGCUAUAGAUUUGGAAUUGAAAUCGGAAUUUGGUGCCAUGACACGUUUAGAAAUAGGACGUCAAUGGUUUGUACGUUUUCUGGUGGAUCAAAAGAAUAAGGUGAAGGUGGUGAAUGAAUUGACUUUUCAUUCUUUGAUACAACAUUUUGCUUUGGUUUUAUUCGAAUGCAAUGAAUGUGAACAUUUUCCACCAGCUGCCAUUAUAAUGAAUUUGUGUUUCAUAUUUUAUCGUGAAAUUGAUGUUCCCGGUUGUGAUGCUUACCGUGAAUAUCUAUUUACUUUUAUGCGUGAACAGCCUAUAUGGUUGUCUUUGCGCUUUUGGAAUACAGCAUUUUUUGAAUCCCUACAAUCGGAAAGGGAUCAUCGUGUUUUGGCUAAACAAAAGAAACAGGAAAGACGUAAGGCUAAGCAAAAAACUAAGAAUGAAGUGGAGCCAGAACCAAAGCCUCAAACUACUGAAACUGACAAUGAAGAAAAAGCUUUAAAUAAAACUGAAAUUUCCACCUCAAGUUCUUCCCAUCAUAGUCAUGCCAAUAAAAUCAAAAGGGAACGUUCACCGAAAGUGGUAAAUGAGGCAGCCGGAAGCGAUAUGGAUAAAGAAAUGGAAAAUAUAUCAUUUCGACAAUUAACUUCAUUUACUUGCAAUAUACAUGCCUUGGGUGCACCACAAGAUUUGUGUUUGGAAUUUUUCAAAAAACAACAGGCCAUACUGGCUCUGCCCAAAGAAAAAUCCAAAUUAAUACGUGAUAACAUCUAUCGCAUCUAUUAUGAAACCGAAAUGUGGGGCUUUAAACAAUCUUGAAGUACAAGAGAGGCUUUGAAACCACAAAAAUAUUUCAAUUUUCGAAAUCAAAACUAUAAAGAUCAAAAGAAGUUUUCAUAGUUUUAUAUGGUAGUUAAACAAAAUAUUUAAUAUACAUACAUAAACAAAACAAAAACAAUAUAUAAAUUAUUUACUUUAAAAUAUAAAACAAAUUUAAACAAAACAAAAUUUUAAUUAAAAAACAAACAAAAACAAGUAGUUAUAUUUGUUCGAAAGAAUUUUUAAUAUGAAAAACUGAAAAAAUAGUUGAUAUUUAAAUUGUUUUUUAAGGAUAUUAAAAAAAUUGUCAUUAAAUAUUUUAAAAAUGUGAUAAAUUAUUUUGUGAUUUAAUAUAAAAAAACUAAACAGUAAAAAAAUAUUAAGCAAUUUGAUAAUUAGUAGUUAAAAUUAAAAAUUAUUUGGUUUUUUUCAAGUUAAAAAACUCUAUCUUUUCCUCUAAACCCAAACAUUCCAUUCGUAAAUAGUUACUAAACUAAAUAACUUAAUAUGUAUUAAUAUCUACUAUUAAUAUUUAGACGUUUUGAGUGUACUAAUUAUAGAAAAAUAGGUAUGAAUGAAUAAAAAUUAUGUUAAACUAAUUAUAAAAAAAAAACAAACGAAUGAAAAAAUUUCUUCUUCGAAAUGCCUCAUACAACAAUCCGUCAAACUUACAAGCAAAAAAAAAAUCAAAUACUUAAAAAAAUACUUAUCUAAUAAUAAAAAUAAAAUUGUCAUUAUUUUGUAACAAUGUUGAAACUAAACUCAAAAUAAACAAAAAAAAAAAAAACCAAUUAACUAUAGUUAACAACAAAUUAUAAAAUACACAUACAAUAUAAUAAAACUAUUAAAUUUAAAUAUAUUUUAAUAUUCAUUAUUAUUUUAGAUAUGAGACACAAAUUAAAGGGCUUAUUGCAGUAACGUGUUAAGUUAUAUGAUAACAUAAACUUAUUUCUUUAUCAAAUUUCAAUUAAAAAAAAUCUAUAAAUGUCUUAAAAAUUUUAAAUUUUAAAAUAGUUUUUUUAAUUUUAUUUUGUAACUUAUCAAGUUAUUGCUAUAAGCUUUUCAAAUUUAGCUAAGAGUUUCACAGUUUUAUUUAGCAUUCAAGUAAAGGAUUCAAAUCUUAUCAAUUGUAGAAUUUUGCCUAAUUAUGGUUUAAUAACUAUUAACAAUAGAACCAUUGGAACUAUUCAGCAGGAACAAAAUGAACGAACUAAAUGAACAUUUUUUUGAUUCUUUUGCAUACAAGAUUUCACAAAGUUCCAUCAUUUUAUCCUUCUACUAGAUGAAAUUGUGAAGACUUGAAUAUGAUAUAGAAGUAUUUAACCUCUUUUUUUACUCACCAUCAAAAAAUAUAUUGAUCUUAUCAUUCUGUUUGUAACACAUUGUGGUCGUAGACCCACAAAAGAAUACAUUUUCUGGACAAUUAUAAGAUUUUGGGACGAUAUAAACCGAAAUAUUUUCUAUUAUUGAAAUUAUAUUUGAUAUUGAAAAUGGGGAAAAUCGGUCCCCACAUAAAGUCCAUUUCAGAAAUUGCCGAUAAUUGACAUACAAAUUAAAUUUAACGUAAACAAGUUUUAAACAAUAUUGUUUUUUAUUAACGGAACGGCCCAUAAUUGACCCAAGUCUUCAUAUACAUAACACCGCUUACAGAGAAUUGCUUUAUUGACAAUAAAUCAUUUGAAAAAUUUAAGGUAUCAAGUGAAAUUCGCAGGAUACUGACUAGAGACUCCUUUGAGUAAGAUAGUUUGGCAUUGUCGCCAAGUAGGACGACGGGGAGCUUUGCUUCUUCUUGAGUUCAUUCAUAAUAUUUAGCUACUGGGGCAAUUCGAUUGCCUUUGCUUCAGAUGAGGUCCGAUAUAUCUUUCAGAGUGUCUUGGGCUUGGCUUGUCCCAAAGUGACUGUCUAGGACAUAUUCCCAAAAAUUCAUAUUUUGUGUACUAGAUAUCGGUUUUACAUCCUUGUUGGUAUUAGGUAUGAUCUUUAUUAGGUGAGGUUACGUGGGUUGCUCGCUAGUUAGCGAGUUCACCCGAAGGCCUUGUGGCCCAUUGUUAUACCCUUAGAAUUUUCAUUCCCUUAUGUUGAGAGAAUGAUUUCCCACCCUAAUUUCGUUGACUAUUUGGUUCUUGCGGUCUUCGUGAAAACCAGCCGGUGUUCCUAAUAAAACCGAUUAUGUUUACUACUGACGCAUCUCAGAGACAUUCCAGUUCGUGGAAAAGAGCUCUACCAAGAUAAAGUAGUCUGUGCUCUUGUAAGGCUAGGCAGUCGCAUAGAAGGUGUUAUACGGAUUCCACUUCUUCUUCCUCCAAACAUCUUCUACAGUAGCUAUAAUGUGGGUAGCCCAUAUGUCACGACAUAUGUCCAAUCCGUUGUCAGAGUGGACCAGAGCAGUCUCGAUAUUCUACAAGUGGUGAUAUUUGAUCACCUGAGUUCCGUCUCACUGAAAGCCCAGUCAUCUAUCAAUUUUGAUAGGGUCGCCAGGGGAGUAUGAAUAUCCCUUUGCGCUAGGGGUAAGUCUAGGGACGACCCUUUGGUUGCGCAUUCAUCAGAUAUUUCAUUUCCCCGGAUGCCCCCAUGUCCUAGAACCCAUAUCAACUUAACGUAAUGUUGCGUCAGUUGUGCCAAUGAUUGAAUACAAUUGACAUUUCGACUUAAUAACAUUGAAUUUAAGAGCCUCCAAGUAUAUAUGUAUGCUCGAAUUUUCAAGAUUUUGUUCCCGGAUUCUUCUCGCGGCUGUAUCGAUGUCAUAUAUCUCUGUCUGAAGAACCGUGUAGGUGACAGGUAGUCGAAGAGAUAGUAGAAGAUUCAGUUUUUCGGAAAAGAUUUCCGAUCCCCUGCCCCUUUCUGUUUUCGUUUUUACAAUUUGAUGAUUUAAAUUCGUACUUCUCACCUGAAUUUAAAUGCUGAGGGUCGGAAGAUAUUAAAGUUACAAACGUAAUGACAAAUUUAUAUAUAUACAUAUAUGUAUACUCUCUCACGAAGGUGAAUAUAUCAAAAUGGAUUCAUGAUAAUAACUCAUCGCAAAAUUUUUGGAUUUUUAUAAUUUCCAAACAAUAUUUAAAAAUUAUAUAUAUAUUUUUUUGGAAACCUAUGGAUAAAUACUUCUAUUUUAUAGUUAGAAUAUGCUAUUUAUAAAUGUAUUAUAAUUAUUUACAUAUUUAUAAUGUAAAUUAUGACUUAUAAACCAAUAAGAAUUCUAAAUAGUUAAACAAUUCAGACUUCUCACAAUACUUCAAAAUCUUGAAUGUAUACCACAAGACCGUUUGUCUCCGAAAUUGGUUUAUAGGUCAUUUUUCUGUACCUACUUUUAAACAUGACAAAACAAUGAUAUUACAUACAUUAUACUUACCUUAUACUAAAACCAAAACUACUAUUAAGAAAUCUAUUAAAAACAAAACAAACUUUUCCCUAAGAGAAAUUUAAAUUUUAUCUAUUUCUAUUUAAAAUAACAUAAUUUGAAAAUCAAAAAACUUUGUACUAGUUAAAAAUCAAAAAAAGGAAUUGUAAAAUAGUGGCCGUAUUUCUAAAGGUCUUUAGAUUAAAAACGAUGUUAUUUUUUGUUAAACAAAAAUUAGAAGGGAAGAAAACUUAUUUUAAAUUAUUUAAUAAACAAAUGACAGAUUGACAUAUUUUUCAUAUUUUUCAAAAUCGCAUCAGAUGUUAAUAUUAGGACUUUUUUUUGACCAAGUUUAAACUAGCAAACUAACUAAAGAGAUUCCUCUAGACAACGUUCCAAGAUUAAAUUUAAUUUAAGCCUUAAACGUUAACCUGAAAACUGACUCUUAAAGUUGAUUAUUUAAAUGUUUAAUUUUCAUUUUCACAACGACAAGUGUAGUUAACGCCUGGCGCGAUUGUUGUGUUUAGCAAACAAAUGACUGUUACACAGCUCGUCAGAAACAAAUAAAUAAUAAAAAACGAAAAGUAUUGUAAUUAAAUGAAAAUUUUGACACAUCAUUUUUUUUUUUAAUUAUUAACAUUUAGCUAAUUAAGUUAAUUGACAAAACAUGAAUUUUUCUAUUUAAACAAAUAAAUAUGAAUUACUAUUAAUAAGUAAUAUGUAAUAUUAUUAAUAAUAAUGAUGGAAAAAAAUAUUUUAAAAUAAAACAAAAUUUUAACAAAAUGUAUGGUUUCUUUCCAGAAAAGUAUUAAACAAAUUAUAUUUAAUAAUUAUAAACAAAAACUAUUUGCACUAUUAAUUCUUUUAAAUUU